UUCUGUACAAGCAGAUGUGAUGUGUGAUGUUAAAAGAGGUACAGCAUCGUAAAAAACUAGUGUAUCCUAUGCAGUGGAGCAGCCUCUUUUAUUCCAAUUAAAAAAAAAAAACAGUGUUGUCGAAGAAUGAGUAACAAAUGUUACAUCAAGCGGGUAAGACGGAGAAGUUACACUACUCGAGCGGCAUAGUGCAGUAUCUACAUGUCGAUUAGAAGAAGAAGAUACUGUUUUUCAUAAUUAUCGAUGAAGAACGUCAAAGUAUCAUCAGAAAAAAUAUCACCACGCACAAACAGUAAAAUUGCCCUUACCCUGCACUGCAACAUUAGUGCGUCCGGAUACAGACGGUGUAGUACUGCAAAUUAUUAUUUGCAUGUGGUUUAUGUGGACGACGGCGGUCUGCAGAUUAACAGCAGCAACAACAACAAUAACAAUAACAAAGACUGCUGGAGCUGGACGGGUACGUUGCUGGGCCGCGUAGGCCAUCAGCCACCACGGUUGCCCAUCAUCUUCAACAAUGUUUAGUAAGAAAGUGCAUGUGGAUAUCAAAAAGUCGACCCUCAAGAUCCAGGACGUUAAAAAGGACAGUGCCACCCGAUUUAAGCAUCUCAAAAUCGUCCUCGAUAAUGUGGACACUGAUGAAGCCAAAGGUUUCUUUGAAGCAAAUUUCAGUCAUGUUUACUUUAUUUUGUAUGAUUGUUUUGUGGCAGCAGAAACCAAUUUACGUCAGAGAGUUCACAAAGCGCACAGAGAAGAGCUGGAACAGGUGUUGCAGCUAUUGGAAAAAGUUCUGACACUUCUCCCUGAACUCUUAAACAGAAGAUGGCAGUGUCACAGUAUAUCCAAGAUAUUACACAAACUUUUGCACCCUGGAAACAGCUGGAAGCUCAGACGACAGGCUAUAAGGUUUUUUAUAUUAUGGUAUCAAACACUUGGCGACAAUGCACCAGAGCACAUACAUCUAAUGUUUGCGUGUCUAGUGCCGGGUUUUCCGCCCAGGCAGUCAUCGCCUUUUAAAUCCGAGCGAAAAGUCGAAGGUGGCAAACGGCACACAAAGUCCGCGAGCUGCGACGAAAAAGAUCGUAAAGAUUUUUACGAUAUGCAGCUCAAUCAGUGCUUCUAUAACAACGGCACUGUAAAUUUCGGACCUAUAAGCCAGUGCGAUAAUGGGCCAAUUUUACCGCCCCAGAGUGGUGAAAAGCCACUAGACAAUGAGUCUGUUAAAUUUUUUGAAGCCUUAUUAGAGUUUAUGGUCACGCAGGUUGUAAAAAUUGAAUGGCGCGAUAAACAUUCCCGUCAGUAUAGGUCCUUCCAGUUUCUGUUGGAUCGUUUCAAAGCAACUUAUUUAAAACACAUUUGUCCAGAAUUUGAUGAAAAUUUUUCUCUUUACAAACCUAGCUUGGAAUUACCAUCGAUGCGAAAACCGUCAAACCAAAGUUUGAGUAAUUAUAUUCUUUGUAAAGUUGCUCUCAUUAAAUGGAUCGCUACCUUUACGCACGUUACCAAAAAAGAUGGGGCAUUUUCCCAGCUAACGCAAAGCAUAACACCGAAUGAAGAAAAUGCAGAGGAACUGCGUCGCGUUUCUGUGUCGCAGAAUCAGCCGCCAGAUACAAGUCUUAUAUCCGUAGAUCAAAAUUCGAUACAUGAAAGUAUCGGUCAUGAGGACAGUACAGUCACGGCUGUAGCGUUAGUUCGUGAAGUAUUGUAUGGGAGUCGUGAUAACGUUAAUUUUAUCCACGAAAUGUACAGGCAAGCAUUUUUAUUAGAUUUCACGCACGCCGGGGCCAUUCGAAAAGCCAUCGGCGCUUAUAAAGACUGGAUUCAAAUCAACGAGGUUCCUCCAUUCAUGCUUGAACCAUUAGAAAAUCAUAAGGAUUACCCAGAGAACCAGAAAAAAGAUGCCGAUUCCGAUAAGAGUACCCAAGACAGUUUGAGACUGUCGAGAUUAAGAAACGACUCUUACAUGGGCGCGAUUUAUCGGGAAAAUCUUUUCGUGAAAGCCGGAUUACAAAACGUCCUGCAAGUAUUUAUAACUCAAGCCUCGAAUGUAUUUUUCUUAGAAUAUUCCGGUGGUUCAACCUCAGCCACCCUGCUCGAGGAGCAAACCGAUAGUUGUAAAAGAGUUCUCAACGUUUAUCGUUACGUCGUAAUGCACACGAGACUCGAGCCUGCCACUUGGGAGCAGUUGUUAAGGGUAUUAUUACAAAUAACGUCACUUGUAUUGGGCGAAAGAAAUCCGCGGCGGAAACACCUAGACAGUAUUGGGGGGAAGCUGGCACCAGCCAUUUUUCAAACUCUCAUCGUCACGUGGAUCAAAGCCAAUUUAAACGUGGUGAUAUCAACGCAGCUAUGGGAUCAAUUUCUGCAAGUUCUGACGUCGCUUACGCACUGGGAGGAACUCAUUCGCGAGUGGGCCAAAACGCUCGACACAUUGACUCGAGUCCUUGCAAGGCACGUUUAUAAUUUAGAUCUGAACGACUUGCCGUUGGAUAGGCUGAGCGAGCAAAAGUCGAAAAAACGCAGGGGCGUCGGGAUUCGUGCGGCAUCAACGGGUAGCGUGCAACCACCUCGCAGAGGUAGCGCAGACCAAGGAAUGGCACAUUCAUCGAAAGAAGUUACCGAUCAUGCAUUUCGAGAACUGAGGAAAGUUCGACCUCUACCAAGAAGCAUAAGUGAUAACAACAUAUACAACGGCAAAAUUCGCUCCAAAAUCCACAGGCAUCGUUUGCCAGCUGUCACUGCCGGUAUACCUGUACUGCCCUCGUCCAUAGAACGGGACAUGGCGAGACUGAUCCCGAAUGCAUCGGCAGCAACAACAACGGUGACCGCGAGCACAAUGACAACGCCUUCCUCGACGACGUCUAGGAAGUUCAGGGCGCUCGGUAGGCGCACCAAGUCACUCGAGAGCGUUGUUGUCGCGGAAAGCCUGCCGCCGACUCCAAGGUGUCCGUCGCCCACUCCCAGCAGUGGUGUCGAUAGUAACAAAGACAGUCCCAUUCAGAUUGACAAUAUCGACGGUAACAGUAUCGACACUAACGAUGCGUCAGAGAAGAGGUCAGUGAUGGCUGGCGGCGGUGUAAGAGGAUGGCUGCCCGACGUGGCAGUUGUUCUUUGGAGACGAAUGCUGUCCGCUCUCGGAGAUGUCAAUAACAUCCAAGAUCCCACACUCCACGGUCAAGUCAUGGAUUAUCUAGUGCAGCUGACGCAUACCCUAAUCAAAAUUCGACAGAACCAGGGUGUUUCGGGUGACAACCAGGUGACUCCUCCUGCACCAGAACUAAUUCCUCCUUUAACAAUUAUAGCUCCGUGGUGUUUUAAGGCAAUUCAGUUACCUCAACAGUAUGAAGCUGGCAAGUUAGCAGCGUAUCGUCUCAUAUGUCUUUUGACGAUUCAACCGCAGGACAUAAGCUUACCCAAGCAGCAUUUAACUCUUUUUUAUCGUGCCGUUCAUCACGGAAUAUCGAGCAAUGACACAAAGAUUCUUCACACCAUUGUGAAAUACACUGGAUCUCGACUAUUUAGUUUAAAUCUUCCCGGCUCCAGUCUUUUGAUUCUAGAUUACAUCCAAGCUGCAAAUGUGAUUCUCAGUAGUCAAGACGUAAAUGCUCCAAGAGCAGAAGCGGUUUCGAUCCUUGGCUCUCUAUUAUCGCUGCCAAUUACAAAUUCGAAUACUAGAGUCUUACAACCCAAUGAAGCAGAUCUUGCGACGACCACUUGUCCUUAUGCAAAAGAUCACAUCAUAGCUAUUUUAAUGCGAUGCUGUCGACGAGAACCAACGGGCGUGGCGAGAUGCAUCGCACUUUCGAGCAUUUCUAUGUUUGUUUAUAAAGAGUUGAGCCAUAAAACUAUGCACAGAACAGUACCGGAAGCCAUCAACGUUCUUUUAUUGUCGUUAAAGACGACACACGCAACAGUCGCUCAAGUUGCAUGUGACUGCCUCCUUCUACUUUGCGACAAGGCAGAUCUUCUGUUGGAGCAAUAUCCAAAUGUGCCAGCGAAAAUCAUUCAAAGCAUAUCGGAAACACUCGAAAGGACUAUUAUUAGAGAAAGAAAAAGCGCCUCAACAAUAUCGAUGCUAUUCUGUCUUGGCGAAUGGGCAAUGCAUCUUGGUCCAAACAUGCUGUUAAGUGUAUAUCAAGGAAAACCUCUGCUUUUAAUUCUUUUUUCGGUCUUAGACAAUAUUGCGCAAAACAAGGUCAGCAAAGAAUCGCAAGAAUCUUUAAAAGCUCCAGAACAGGAAGAUUUUGAACCAAACAUCACCUUGGACAACUUACUUGACGAAACGUACUCAAAAUCACUUUGGGGAGGAAAUAUGCAGUCAGUACAGUUAGCUGCAAAAAUGGUGAUGAUGCAUCUUGUGAAUCAUUUGGGACACUUUCCGAUGGGUAUUGGAGCUGCACGUUUGUCAUCUCUUGUUGUAGAGUUAGAUGACGUUCCGGGCAUUGAAAGCGACGAAUUGUCAUCAGCCAUCUUCCAAGCGCCUAACAUUCAGUUGUUGAUGCUAUCAAAUUCAAUAAUAAUGUCACUAGUAGAGCUCGAUACUUUGGAUGCACCUGGUGGUGGAGUAACGGCGGGCUUAACGACGGCUCCGUCAAUGGUGCGAGUAUUAUUGAGAGAUUUGGCUGGGAAAGCGUCUUGGGAUAGUUCAAUUUUGUAUAAUCAACCUUCGUAUGAAGACGCUGAAGUUCCUUUAGUGAAACCAGGAUGUGCAAUGAAAAUGGUAAAAGAUGAUUUAUGUAGCGUCAUGCCCUUACAAAGCUAUCCCCCUAGACAUACUAUGCGACAUCAUGAUCCUAACGUUUUACCCACAUUCGAAAAUGGAGCAAGUGAUAUGGAUAAUCUAGAUGACUUACUUCAAUACAUCGGCCACACGAGUCCAGAAGUACUAACAAAUCCCGAGGUUGCCUUAAAUUCAGCUGCUGGUCCACCGCAAGGUCAGCACUACGAGGCUGAAACAAUCGCUACGAUCCUAAAUCAGCGCAACGCAGAGCGUGAGCAAAUUAAUUGCUGGAGCAACCACGUGAGUAUGUGUGCAGCUCCAAUGAGUCCACCGACGAGUCGGUCACCUCCAGCGCCCUUCCACCACUGCCGUUUGCUCUUCUCGCAUCUGGGCUUAGCGGGCUGGGAACAGCGUCGAAAGCUGCAUCUGCUGUCUAAGAACGAAAAACUUUUGCGAGAGCUUAGGAAUCUGGACAGUCAGCGAUCCAGAGAGACUCACAAGAUGGCGGUGAUAUACGUAGCCCAGGGCCAGGAAGACAAGAAUUCCAUCCUAAACAACGUCACUGCCAGCAAAGAGUACGAGAGCUUUAUUGCAAGACUGGCUUGGGAAGUCGAACUCGAGUCGCACACCGGCUUCCUGGGUGGUCUAGUUCCUGGCAAAGCUUCGGGCGUGACCGCGCCGUACUUUGCCACUUCAUUCGCCGAAAUCAUAUUUCACGUGGCUACCAGGAUGCCUUCAGACAGCCCUGAGAGUUUAUUGCAAAAAACGAGACACCUUGGCAAUGACGAAAUUCACAUAGUCUGGUCGGAACACUGGCGUGAUUAUCGACGAGAUAUCAUCCCCACUGAAUUCUGUGACGUGUUGAUUGUUAUUUAUCCUCUUCCUAACAAACUCUACAGAGUGCAAGUAAACAAAAAAUCGGAAAUUCCGCUCUUUGGGUUGUUGUUUGACGAAUGUAUCGUGGAAGACACGGUUCUACCAGGCCUGGUUAGAACUACGGCACUGGCAGCUAGUAGAUCCAAGAGAUCGACACUGACGUUGUACCAACACUACUAUGAGGAGCGAGCGAGAUCGAUAGAUACGAUUAUGAGAAAUCACAAAGAAGCUACAACUUUUGAAGAGUUUGCUGCAAACGUUUAUUCUCCGGUACAGCCACCAAGCCCGUUUAGCGUAGCUUCUUCAGUAUCAGGUUCAACGACUAGCGUACAGUCAGUGACAUCGUCAACUCUCGCAGCGGCUCUUAUUGACUCUCAUCAAGGUGGUCGACCAGGUCUGCGGAAUCCUUCCACAGCAAGCAGUGACAAUCGUGCAAAUAGAGUAUCUGACGGUAGCCGUGUAUGGUUUAGCAGUGACACAGCCGACAGUGCGACCUUGCAUGGAAUAUCUCCAAGACCGGCCAAAAAAAUGUCCUUCAAGUUGAAUAAGACUAACAACUCCCAGCCCACACCGCCUGAUAGUCCCAGGUAUAAAUAAAACCAUCGUGAGACUGGCCUGAAGUCUUCCUGCCUUUGAAAGGGGCUCUAAGAGUAGCCUGGAUACAUUAAGCUCUCGGUCGUUUUCGUUUGAUUUUUUUCUCCAACUGUCUUGUAAUAUAGUAUUUUUUACCUACUUUGUCAAUGUAACAGUAUUUUUAUCUAUUUUUUACCAGAUUAGAUCGGUAUGUAGUAUACUUAUUAGUUUUUAAUAUCAACAAAAAUCACAUUUUUUUUAAAUGUAAAAACAGUUUAAUACUUUUAAUUACUGUUUGGCUACUUUUCAUAUCUUUAGCUGCUGUAUUUUGAGCAUUUUUUCUUUUUCUUACAUUGUUUAUAAAAUGAAAAAGUAUGUGAGGAAGGAAAUCGAAUGAUUAAUUGCCAACUUAGAUGUAAUGUUUUCAUUUUCCGUCCUUAGAUAUAAUUUUGUAUGAUUACUUGUAAAUAUUGUUGCGAGUCGAUUAAUUUAUUUAUAACAAUAAACUUUCGAAAGGUGUAUUACGUCCCCAAUAAUUGUAUUAUUAAUACUAUACUAUUAUGACUGUCAUCAAAUAGUAUCAACCCCAAAGUUUAUUUAAGUUAUACAUCAAUUUUAUAUUAUACAAUAAUCAAAUUCAUGCGCUUUUCUUUGAGGUAAAGUUUUAGAUUUUUUUAUAAAAGUGAAAAUAGAUAAACUUAUUCCCAAACAUUCCGCAUAAGUAGUAAGCAUUGUUAAAUGGGCAUUUCGUGUCGGAAAAAGGUUUUGCUACUUCAAACAUUCAAUGUUUAAUUAAAUUUUCUGAACCUUAAGUACUUGUAACAUAACCGCCUUAAAUACAAUUACUCUACCCAUAAAAAAUCUUCGACUUUUAAAGUGCUAGGUCUAAAAAUUAAUUCAGUAAAUAUAUUUCAAAAAUUAUUGCGACAUUUGACACAGUAAAUUCAUUUUACAUUGAUUAAAAAAACAUAAAAUUAAUUCCUAGACCAGCAUGUAAGUAACAAAUUUGGUAUUUACUGAGUAAGUCGAGUUGUUCAAAAGAGUUUUAAUAUUGUCGAGGAUAAUAGUAAUUAUUGACGAAAAAAGUCGAAGGAUAGCUCAAGUUUAAAGUUUGACAAAAUCUUGAAUAAAGCGUUUUAUCAAAAUUUUAUCAUAAUUCAUCUAAUUACUAGACUUUAGGUAUAUGUAGAUAUUAUUAACGGUGUGCCGAGAAACAGUCAUGGUACCGAUUUUUUAAUCAUGGCCAAAGCAGCAUUAUUUUUUCACUGAUUUAUAGAAGUGGUAAGACGAAAAGUGGACUGUGUAUGUUAUUGUACAUAUAAAGUAGUUUUUAAUUAUCGAAAGUGAUUAUUCAACAUGUACACAAAUAAAAAAACAUUAAAUAACUUCAUCAUCGACAAAAUAUUAAAAAUAUCAAAUUAAAUACUGCUAAAAACAAAACAAAAUUUUUAUUCAUUACUACUGUAUAACAUUAAAAGCUCUAAAUAUGUUAUAUAAAAUGUUUAUAAAUGUUGUACUUAACAAAUUACUCUUGCAAUUGUUACUAAUCUAUAAUAGUUUACUAAUAUCACUACAUAGAAAAUAAAUAUAUUCACUUGACUAUUUUUCUUGAAAUAUUUUCAAGUUGUGUUGAAAAAAACAUUGCACUCUUAUUGCUUUAGAUGCACGAAGUAAUUUUUAUCUCAAGUAUUUAUUUUUUUACAUGGAAAAAAAAAAAAAAAAAAAAAAAAAAGAUUAUUUU